AUGCUCCCACAUCUCUGCCGGAGAGUCUGUCUCUUCACUGCUCAGCAGCACGAGAGCUUCCUCCUGGCUCUCGUAUCCAACGACGGGCUCGAAUCGCACGUCGAGCACCUCGCCGUCAAGGACUUUCAUGGCGGCUUUCUUGAGCCGGCCCUGACCACAUUCACCGACGUCCUCCGGCGCAUCUGCGCAGCACGCAAGCUGCGCUCCUUGUACGUCGACAAGAGACACUCUGCAUUCUACGACGACUUUCCCCAGGAGCCUGGCGGCUCGGAUCCAUGGGCGUGUACUACAAUGGUCAAAGAAGUUCGACGGUCGCUGGACCUCCUUGCGGACCACACCAGCGAAGAGUACAGCCUCGAGCAGAUUGUGAGCCCAUUUACAGAGCUCUUUGGCGGAGCCAAUUUCGACAAGCCCGACCAUCUCAAUGGUGACUGGCCCGUUCAUCGAGGUCUUCGAAGGCUUGCGGUGCGGGGUAUGACGCUGGACGAGGACGCAGCCAAGAGUGUCGGAUGGAGGCGUCGGAUGCACCACCUCCGCAUGUUGGUCGUCAAGGAUCCCAUCAUCAUUGGCCGAUUGAUGGGCAAGGACAAAAGUGAGCUCGAAAGCGUGCUUAGGAUGGCAAGGUCGAUGCAUCCGGAUGCGCACCUCAUCAUCGUCUUCGGAGAAUGGCAGCUUAAGCAAUGGAAAAGAGACUGGGAGCACGUCAAGGCAACCCCGAAGGGUCUCAAAGGCUGCUGCAGGAUCACGUUCUUCAAUGACAAAAACGAGGUAGACUGGCUGCAAAAUAAAGGCCUCGACGGCAGCCUCUGGACGCUUGGAGAGAAGGGAAAUGACGAGGAUAUAUAUAUGGCUUCAUGA